AUGUCUGACUACUUUCCCAACUUCGACGAAUUAGAGGCCUUUAUCAACGCCAAGGAGAGCCUCCUCCCUUACUACGCCCAGGACUACUUCGAUCCUAUGGGCUUCUACCCUUACGACGCCCACGACUACUUCGAUCCUAUGGAGAGCUUCGACCACGGGGCUACCGCCAGCUUCGCCCUGCCCUCCGAGCCGAGCCACUUGCCCCAGACCGAUUGGGCUUUGGGCGCCAAUGGCUACAACCCCGUCUAUGACACGGGAAAUUCCCUCGCCGGGGUCGACAUGGCAGAGAUGCCAUACAUCCCAGACAUCCCGGGGGAUCACUUCUACGGAACUGGUCCUCCAGUGCAACACGCCUUCACGCAGGGCACUGCCCUCUUGGAGCCAAAUAAUGGCAGCCACGUCUAUCCUGCCUUCCUCAAUCACAGCUACACCGAAUUCGGUCACCCAACCGACUUGAUCUUGACUGGACAGCCCUAUUUCUCGGCUGACAUGAUCGGCAUGGGCGCAGAACGCCAUGCAGAUGGAAACGGCUUCAAGCGAAAAGAUCACCUGCGUCAGCAUUUGCGAGCUUUCCACAAGUUCAAUGCCGAGGAACUGUCCGAAUUGCGCCGGUCCAGAAGAGGAAUCUAUGACGCUCCCAAGACAUGCCCACAUUCAGGGUGUUUCGGGUAUCGCGACGAACAUUUUCACGCUCUUGAGGCUGCAGAACAGUACAAAGACCGACCUUUCGACGGUCAGAAGGACUUCAAUGAACACAUGAAGAAGAUCCACGACGAGACUCCUUUCCCCUGUUCCAUCUCAGGAUGCGAUAGGGUCGGCGCCAAGGGCUACCUUCGACAAAAGGCUCUUGUCGAUCACCAUAAGAAGAAGCAUCCCGAACUCGAGGCCUAUGUGCCACAGCCACAGUCUCAGGGAGAUGCCGCGAGAAUCCAGUGUCUAUUCCCUGGUUGUGCAAGACUGUUCAAGCGAAGUUAUAUGAGCGACCACAUGAUUUCACACACGUUCCCUUGA